ACAUUUUGGUUGUUCACGAAAAUGGAUACGAACAAUUGAAGCUUUGUUGGAAAACAUUCUUUGCCAAAAUCGAAAAUUUUACUUAAAAGAAAAUACACAAAAUUGUGUGUUUUCGUGACUUUCUUCAAAGUCUGUGCACAACCUUCAGAUGGGCAAAAUAUAAAUGAACGAUAGAAAGUACUUGAGAAUAAUGAACUGUACAUAAAUUCACAAGUAAUUUCGGUAACUUCCGAGUUGUAACGAGGUCUUCCGUCAAAUUUCCGAUCUUAAAAAUUACACAUAGCAUAUAAUUAUAGUAAUAAUAUGAACUUUUUGUCGUUUGUGUGAACUUUGACGUAAUACUACACGAGGAGAAGAUAAAAGUUUCCAUCUCUUGGAUAUUUAAGAAAUUAUGGCUCACGACGACGAGGAAGAAGCUGGUUAUAGAUGGCUGAAUCAAUAUGAAAAAACAUGGGAAGCUAUUCAGGAAGAUGCUCAGGGUGGGUUACAGUUUGUUGAUGAUGAUUUUAUUCAGCGGGCCAAAAGGCGAAGGUUCUUGGCCAAACCAGGGAAUAUCCGUCUUGGUAUGAUGCGGCAUCUUUAUGUUAUUCUUGACCUAUCAAAAGCAAUGGAGGAAGCUGAUCUUAAACCAUCUAGGAUCGUGUGUACCAUCAAGCUUUUGCAAAAUUUUAUUGUGGAGUACUUUGAUCAGAAUCCUAUAUCACAGUUAGGUAUUAUAGUGACAUUUAACAAGAGGGCUGAGAAACUGACUGAACUAAGUGGUAAUCCUCGUCUACAUACGUCAGCUCUAUUAAAGAAAGAAAAACCAAACGUUUGCCAAGGUCAACCUUCCCUACAAAAUGCUUUGGAAACAGCGAAGAAGUCUUUAAGGCAUCUUCCCGGGCAUGCGAGCCGUGAAAUUCUCGUAGUAUUUGGUAGUUUGACCACUUGUGAUCCGGGUGACGUCAUGGAAACGUUUGAGUCACUUAAAGAAUUCAAGAUACGUUGUUCUAUUAUCGGGCUUGCUGCCGAAGUAAAAGUUUGCAAAAAGCUUUCGGCGACAACUGAUGGAACUUACGAUGUAAUUUUGGACGAAAAACACUAUCGAGAUGUGUUAAUGCAACAUGUCAUACCUCCCGCUGCAAAGGUUGACGUAGAAGCUGCUCUUAUAAAAAUGGGCUUUCCUCGGCAUAUUAUGAGCCCAACACCGUCACUGUGUUUAUGUCAUGUUGAUGGUGAAUGGAGUAAGGAUGUCAAUCGUUCUGGCUACUUUUGUCCACAGUGCGACAGUAAAUUUUGUGAGCUUCCUGUUCAAUGCAAAACUUGUGGUUUAACUCUCGUUUCUGCUCCACAUUUGGCAAGAUCUUUUCAACAUCUUUUUCCUCUGCCUCAAUUCACAGAAGUUACAGCGGACGAACAGUCGAUGCAAAAGAAUUGUUCUGGUUGUGAUUCACCAUUGGGCAAAAAUUUAAUAUACGAAUGCCCAGAGUGCUGUAAACGCUUUUGCUUUGAAUGUGACCUGUUUAUACAUGAAACAUUACACGUAUGUCCAGGAUGUACUUCAUCGGUAGAUAAAUCCAUUGAAACUGCUUAGUUCUCAUUGGGCCAGCGCUUAGCAAACUAAGCUGAGAGGUAGUUGGACGAAAUUAUCACAGAGAAGAAACCCGGUAUACAGGUAGUGUGGGGCCUGGUUCUAUUGAAGUGACGUAAGUAGAUUCCGAGAAACGAUCAAAGUUGCGAGAAAGCUGGCAUACAACUUUUGGCAAAAUGCACCUGCCAAUUAUCAAAUAUGUAGCAUGUUCAAAUAGAGCUUGCUUAUAAAAAUGCUUGUUUUAUAUAUAAACAAACUUAUCAACGCUCA